GUGAGUUGUGUACAUUUGGCUGACGGUACGCGUGCUGCUUUAAGAGUGCUAUUAGAUUUUUGAUUUAACGGGCAUAUUCUCACCUUUGUUUACGUAUGUGUGCUUACGAGAGACAGAUGAGUGUGAAUUGGCGAACAUGUGUGUGUGUUUGAAUGGGAGCCAGGAAAAGGGAAGGGCCUCGAGUGAGCGGACAAAAACAGCUGCUCUUGUGUGCUUGGGAAACCUCAUCCAGAGAAAGCAAGAGUGGAGAGACGGACCAGCAGGGUCCAGAUCUCUAUAUGGGUUGUGCCCUGAGUGCGGAUAGCUGUGGGGACGAGCCAGAUCCGGUACCCGUGAGAGAGUCUUUAAGGAGGGAGAGAGCAAAGUCCAGGGGAAACAUGAGGCUGACCAAGGCGGGGAAGGGCGAGCCCCACGUCUUUAAAGAAAAGACCUUCAAAAAGAAGCGGCAGUGUGGGGUGUGCAGGCAGAGUGUGGAGAAUUUGGGCUCUUUUUGUCGAGUCUGCAAAACAGCCACUCAUAAGAAAUGCGAAGUCAAGAUCAACACAGCCUGCAUCCCGGCGCAGCCCUCCGAACUGCGAAGGGGAACUUCCUCCUCUAGACACAUUCAGCAUCUGGGCUCAACCAAGUCUCUGACCUACAACAAACAGAGAAACACUCUCCCGAGGAGCUUCAGCGUGGAUCGAGUGAUGGACAGAGUGAUGGAGAGGCAAUAUGAUUUCGACCUCACAUACAUCACAGAGAGGAUCAUCUCUGUCUUUUUCCCUCCUCUGCUGGAAGAACAGCGGUACCGCCUUAACCUCAGGGAGGUGGCAUCCAUGCUCAAGUCCAAACACCAGGACAAGUUUCUGUUAUUCAAUCUGUCUGAGCGGAGGCAUGACAUCACCCGUUUAAACCCGAAGGUUCAUGACUUCGGCUGGCCAGAUAUGCAUGCUCCUCCUCUGGAUAAGAUCUGUGCCAUGUGCAAAGCCAUGGAGAACUGGCUGAAUUCGGACCCCCAGCAUGUGGUCGUUCUGCACUGUAAGGGCAACAAAGGAAAGACAGGUGUUAUCAUUGCUGCCUACAUGCAUUACAGCAAAAUAUCAGCAGGGGCAGAUCAGGCCCUCAGCACACUGGCCAUGAGGAAGUUUUGUGAAGAUAAAGUCUCACCCUCACUCCAACCCUCUCAGAACAGGUAUAUCUAUUACUUUGGAGGGCUGCUCUCAGGGGCCAUCAAAAUGAACAGCAGUCCCCUCUUCCUCCAUCAGGUCCUCAUUCCUACCAUCCCCAACUUCCAGGAAGAUGGAGGUUUCUUCCCUUUCCUGAAGAUCUAUCAGUCUAUGCAGCUUGUCUACACUUCUGGCAUAUAUGAUCUGCAGGGCUCUGGGAGCAGACGGCUGAUUGUUACUAUUGAGCCUGCACUGCUGCUGAAAGGAGACAUCAUGGUAAAGUGUUAUCACAGGCGGGUUCAGUCUGCUGAGAGGGACUCUGUGUUUCGACUGCAAUUUCAUACGUGCACCAUUCAUGGAGCUCAGCUCUGGUUCGGCAAAGGGGAACUUGAUGAAGCUUGUUCAGAUGACAGAUUUCCCUCUGAUGCCACAGUGGAAUUUGUAUUUUCAUCUGGGCCUGAGAAAAUCAAAGGGAGGGUGAGCCAGAGGAAUGAUCCAGCUGUCAGCGUGGACUAUAACACAAAUGAUCCGGUGGUGCGUUGGGACUCAUAUGAGAACUUCAAUCAGAGACAUCAGGACAGCCUAGAGGAUAUCGCACACACACGUGGACCUCUAGAUGGCAGCCUGUACGCUCAGGUUAAAAAGCGCCAAGCUGCAGGCUCCACCUCCCUGCCCUCCACCAAUGGGAGUCCUGCAAGGAGCUCUGAGGAGCGUCCAAGUCAACUUCUGUCUGUUAGCACUGAUUCUGGACACUCAUCCGUCCCACCUGACCGGCUCGAUGAGCCGACUCGACAGGCCCCGCCUACUCAGCAAGAGAGAGAGGAGCUUGAGCGCCUGCUGGGUGGGAUUGAAGGUGAUGGAGGGAGGGAUCGUGACCGAGAAACAGCCAUUUUGGACGACGGUGAUUCCUUGCCUCCUGAAAGGACUGGGUCACUGAGGUUAGGGCGUUCGUGUUCAUGUCGGGUGGGCUAUCGAUCCCAGCGUUGUGCUGAGCCUAGAUGCGAUGGACUCCACCACUUAUCCAAUGGGUACUGCCUUGAUCGUCCAACCACCACUAAUGGACCCACAGGGGCUCCUUCUCCAGGGAUGCCAUCCGUCAUAGGGCUUUGCCAACACCACAGUGCCCAUCCUCACCAAUCCCUGCCGCCACCAGAUCUGCUCUGGGACCGCCAACAAGGUCCACAGCACUACCUUCAUCGCACUUGCUCAGAUGGGCCAUCACGCCACCUGUGUCCAUAUCCAACCCAAGAGAUCAGUCCCCAUCCACAUAGUCUGUCUCCCCGACUGCUCUGUAGGGCAGACGAGUACAUUACAUACCCCCACCACCACCACAACCAUCCACACCACCCAAAACCCAGCAGCCCCUACCACGAUGUCAUGAUAAUAGAUGGCCUAGUGACACCUGGCUGCCCCUGUCGGGACUGCUGUCUGCGGCGAGAAGAUUUCCACACCCUCCGUUUGGACAGAGAGGAGGGAAUACACUGGGAAAGGGAGACAGAGCUUCACCGGGAUACUGGGUUAAGACGGGGCAGAGAGGCUGAUAUGCAAAGAGGGGCAGAGAUAUGGGACCGGGAGGCAGGGCUAAGAAGGGGCAGAGAAAUGUCUCUGCACUGGGAAAGAGACAGAGAAGCAGAACUACAGUGGGAGAGAGAACGAGAGGCAGAAUACUGGCACAAAAGGGCUACCGUAUCCCCCUACGGGCCUCACAGUCAUGAGUUACCAACAAUUAACUUCGAUCCACUUCCCGCAGGCCAUCCUGCAUACCCUGAACCCUCCCGGUCCCAUUCUCAUGCCCAUCUGGAUCUCAAAUACAGCAGCAGUUCCAGUGGAUACCAGACACCACACCAGACAUGCCCCUGUUCCCCCUACCAGCCGUCACCCUCAGAGAGUCGUGGCUAUGCCUCGGGUUACCAGUCUGAGUCCACAUCCCCGCUUCCACCUCCCUCCACCUCCUGUCCUGGCCCAGUGCACCAUGCCAGUGGACCUACAGUUAACCAACCAGACUCCCACCCUCAGCAGUACACCUCUGAUACAAAUACAGAUUGCCCUGGUGCAGAUAGCAUAGGCUGGCGUAGUCACAUUUCCCAUGGUUACCUGCGGCGGACACAUCGAGAUCCACAUGCCCCAUGUUCAACACCCUCUGAUAUUUCAGGACCUCCAACACCAGUCCACACAAGCAGCCCCUUGCGAACCCAGGAGAGUCCUAGUCUGAGUGUCCAUGAGUCAAGAGAGGUGAACAGUGAAAGCAGUUUGGCCCACUCCCACAACAGGACACACCCACCUGCCCUACAGUCCACCACUACCAGUAUGGGAUCUCUGCAAACUGUACUUUCUUCCAGUCAAGAGAUUCCUGAGAUACAUCCCUUUCCUGCCACACCCACCACUGCCCAACAACUCUCUGCCCAUUCCUCACCAACGACACCUUCCACACCUCAAAUCUCAGCUGAACACUCCACCCCUUUAACACCUUCAUCAGAAUCCACCCACUCACAAACAAACAGCUCUCCUACUGCUGCUACAGUGCCACCCACAGGGGAAAUGGUACCACAAUCAACUGAGACUGUUAAACCAGCAUGCUCACCAGGUCCCUCUUCUCCCAUCCUGUCCGAGUCCAUCCCAGAUCACUCACAGAGCAAUGGAGUAUCACCAUCUCCUGAACCAGACACCCUUUCUGCUUCUUCUGCCCCUGCGUCCCCUCAGCCGCCCACUGGCGAACACGAGAGCUCUUCUUCCCCUGAGCCCCCAGUGCCUGGUUUCGCGACACUGGGUAGGAAGCUGAUGUUGGGCUCUGAAACCUCACUUCCUGCAGGACACAGUAUGGAUGGCAGCCCCAGCUCCACUCCCACCUUUCCCAUCUCUCCAGCCUGCUGCAACCCAUCUCCUCCACCAGGCUCCAACUCAGGGUGCCCAGCCGCCUCCGUCCCACAGCCUCCCCUCCCUGAGAAACGCCACCAAUCCGGCCUGCCAGGAUCACCCAAUGGGAGGUCUGGAACGCUGAGGGCAUCCAUGAGUCAUCAGCCCUCUGGCCAACACCACGUUACAUUCUCACCUUCAGUAGGAGAGCUGACUUUGCCCGCUGGACAGGGAGAAGUUGGUGUGGAGGGUGAGAUGGGCAGCAAUGUCAGUGUGAAAUUUGUGCAGGACAGCUCUCGAUUUUGGUAUAAACCUGGCAUCUCCCGAGAGCAAGCUAUAGCAGCACUGAAGGAAAAAGAGCCAGGGGCUUUCCUCAUCCGAGACAGUAACUCUUUCCAGGGGGCCUACGGUCUGGCCCUGAAAGUUGCCAGCCCACCCCCCAACGUCAGUAACCAUAGCAGCAAAGCAGGAGGAGACCCUCUGGAACAGCUGGUUCGACACUUCCUGAUUGAGACAGGGCCUCGAGGAGUGAAGAUUAAGGGCUGUCAAAAUGAGCCCUACUUUGGGAGUCUUUCAGCACUGGUGUAUCAGCAUUCGAUUACACCUAUCUCUCUGCCCUGUGCCCUCCGCAUCCCAGAGAAAGACCUAAUAGGUGAAUUCGUGGAGGUUCAGCCUGUGAGUAACAUGAGUACAGCUGCAGACCUUCUGAAACUGGGAGCAGCCUGCAAUGUGCUGUACCUGAACUCAGUUGAGACUGAGUCUCUCACGGGACCCCAAGCUAUCGCUAAGGCCACAGGGGCUUCAAUGUCCCGCAGCCCUCGGCCCUCUGCGACAGUGGUCCACUUUAAGGUGUCAGUCCAGGGCAUUACACUGACAGACAGUCAGCGCAGGAUGUUUUUCAGGAGACAUUAUCCAAUCAACAGCGUGACUUUCAGCAGUGUGGACCCACAAGACAGGAGGUGGACUAACUCAGACAGCACGACCUCUAAAGUAUUUGGUUUUGUUGCCAAGAAGCCCGGCAGCGUGGCGGAGAAUGUGUGCCAUCUUUUUGCAGAGCUGGAUCCUGAACAGCCCGCGACUGCCAUCGUCAACUUCAUUAACAAAGUAAUGCUGGCACCACAGAGACGCUAGGGCCCCGGGGACGAGGAGGAUGGUUUAUCUUCACGUACACUGCCGCACACCACAAGACUGUAAUGUUGCACUUUCUGUCAAGUUUAAGACUUCUCGGCAAAGACAAGGGCUUUACUGUUGACUAACAUGAUGCCAAAGCAAAAUAUACUACAGAAUGUAACCAAACUGAAGCCAGCAGACUGUUGUGGUUUUGCCUUUGUAGAGCUGUUUUAGUGUUCAUGGGAUUGUAAAUGACUUUAUGAAAUAAAAUCACUAAGAUUGUUAAACAACCCUGGCAGCAGGGGUUUUCAAAAAUAUAAAGCACUGUUAUUGACCCAUGAAUAAAAUAAAUCUGUUAUAUAUAUGCACUCAAAACUUCUGAAUUGCACAGCUAACAGUCUCCGCAGUAUGACAAUCAUCAGUUUAGAAAUAUUGAUGUCAAUUUGGUUUUUGAGUUUUGACACACUAAAUUAUGGUUGAAAAUGUUUAUUUUAUUCAAAAGCCAAAUUCCAGUGUGUUUUUGUCCUUUUAACUGGAAAGGAGGUGCCAUGGUUUCUAUUGGAAACUUAUUUCAGCCACAGUAAAAAAAAAAAAAAAAAAAAUGUAUAAAUGAGUAAGGGUAAUUGUGACUUAUCUCACAAUUCUAGCUUUUCUCUUGAAAUUUUAAGUUUCUAUCUCACAAUUUUGAGUUUCUAUCUAGUAAAUUCUGACUUUUUCUUGUAAUUAUGUUUAUAUCUCACAAUUCUGAGUUUCUAUCUUGGAAUUCUGAAUGAUUCUCUUCAUUCUGUUUAUGUCUCAGUUCUGAGUUUAUAUUUCACAAUUCUGAGUUCUGUCUUGUAAUUCUGACUUUUUUCUUUUAAUUCUGUUUGUCUCACAAUUUUGAGUUUCUAUCUUGUAAAUUCUGAAAUUUUUCUUGUAAUUAUGUUUAUAUCUCAGUUCUGAGUUUGUAUCUUGUAAUUCUGAAAUUUUCUCGUAACUGUUUAUAACUCACAAUUCUGAGUUUAUAGCUUGUAAUUCUAAUUUUUUCUCAUAAUUCUGUUUAUAUCUCACAAUUUUGAAGUUAUAUCUUGUAAAUUCUGACUUUUUUCUUGUAAUUGUUUAUAUCUCACAAUUCUGAGUUGAUAUCAUAAUUCUGAGUUUCUGUCUUGUAAUUCUGACUUUUUUCUUGUAAUUGUGUUCACAAUUCUGUUUCUAUCUUGUAAUUCUGUCAUUUUCACGUAAUUUUGUUUCCAUCUCACAAGUUUGAGUUUCUUUCUUAUAAUUCUGACUUUUAUGUCUCACUAUACUGAGUUAACAUCUUGCGAUUCUGACUUUAUUUCUCAGAAUUGAGAGAAAAAGUCCAAACUGUGUGAAAAACUCUACCUUUGUUUUUAAUGCUUUGGUGGAACAAGUUUCCAUAGUUUCUGAUUCUGGCCCGGUGUCUGCGAAUGCUAGGGAAAGUUACUGAGCGUUUGAGAUGGAGAAACAGAUGGAGGACCAGACAUGGCGUAGUCAUGAUGCUGAGCAGCUGUUGUGCGCUGCUGGAGUUCCAGUAUUAGGAAGAUUUAAAUGUCAUGUAGUAUGAUGUCAUAAUGGAAGGCUGAUGGUCAUGUGAUAAUUAAUUACCCAGAGAGAAUUUGGUUACCUUUAGAGUAGCAAGGAACUUUAUUUUGUCCCCAUUUGUUGUGUAUUUCAUGCACUGUUCAUAAAUUGAAUAUAAAAUAAGGCAGACAGUGGUUCAUAACCAUCCACAUCAUAUACAACACAUAGCUUUGUCAACUGACCGUCACGCAUCAUGCUGUAUCAUUGCCUACUAUAUUGUGUAGUAGAACAUUAUAUUGGAAUGUAACCAGUCUUUAAACUGAUUGGACAGGUGAACGUUUCCACUUUCAUUAUUUGCGUAAUGAUUUAACGAUCUCAAGAAGCUGUUUAUAACCAAAGACGUGACCAUGUACUCAAUCAGUUACUUUAAGCUGUGCCGUUUAUUUUACUUACCUUUAGCAACAAGUUAUUUCUGUUUUUGACAGUAGGACACGUCUAUGACUUUAAUAUAUUGUAUUCUGUAUUUUCUUAUUGAUCUUUUUAUGUAGUAAUAUAUUUUCACACAUGCAGCUGACUUGGAAGGUAAAAAAAAUAAAAAAAAUAAACUACAUGGAAGGAUUUUGAUAAGUUUUUUUUUUUUUUUAUUACCAUAUGUUAUUUUAAGUGUAUGCACAAGUGAAAAAUAUAAUAAAUGUAAAGUCAUGGUACCAAA